AUGGCCAGCAACUCCACCGCCGACAUCAAGCAGGACCGUGUUUACGAGGAGAGGCAGAUUGCCUUUGAGCCCGUCCCGGUCACCACUGCCCCAGCUGUCACCCCGAUGACGCCUGCCAACCCGGCUACUCUGGGCUUCUUCUCGCUCGGUACGACCACGCUCAUGGUCGGUCUUCUCGUCAUUCAGGCUCGUGGCGUCCCCGCCCUCACUAUGCUUGUCGGCCAGGUCCUGGCUGUUGGCGGUCUCGGCAUGCUCAUCUCCGGUCUCAUGUGCUACCAGCAGGGUGCUACCUUCGCCACCACUGCCUUUGGAAUGUACGGCCUUUUCUAUAUCUCGUUCGGUAUCGUCCUCUGGCCCUCGUCGGGCGCGUCGGCUGGCUACACCGACCCCGUGGACAACAACAACGCUCUCGGCCUCUACCUCAUUGUGUGGUUUGUGCUGUCGCUUGUCAUGCUGCCAGUCACUUUCCGCCUCAACAUCGGCCUUGCCGUCCUCUUCGGCCUCGUUGUCUUCUACUUCCUCUUCCUCGCCAUUGGCUUCAUGUCUGGGAAGACUGUCAUUACCACCAUCGGUGGUUACUUUGGCAUUCUCGUUGGUAGCUGGGGUUUCAUCCUUGGGAUGGAGACUCUCUACGAGACUGAGAACAACAUCUUCAAGCUCCCCAACCCCAGCCUGGCCCCUAAGCCCCGGAACUAG